ACAGUAGUAUAGCCACAGCUUUAAGCUCCGUCUGCUGUAAAGUUUUGAGCUUAGUAAAAGAUACUUAGAAUGGGUUGCAUUGGAUCGUCGCUAAAUAAACCAAAAACAGGAACGGUGAAAAAGAUAAGGAAGCCAAAGCCUUGGAAGUUCCCAAGGCCGGUUACAUGGAGUCAACUACUGCAGAUGCGUGAUGAGUUCUGGGAUACGGCUCCUCAUCAUGGUGGCAAAAAAGAAAUAUGGGACGCAAUACAUGCAGCAGCUGAGGCUGACAUAGAGCUUGCUCAAGCAAUUGUGGACAGUGCAGGGGUGGUGGUGCAUAAACCUGACAUGACAGUUUGUUAUGAUGAAGGAGGUACCAAAUAUGAAAUACCAAGGUAUGUGUUGAGCGAACCAACAAACUUGAUACAACUGAGAUGAAAGAAGAUGAAGCACAAGUACAAUCAUAGCUAAACUUUUGAGUAGUUUUUUGGACCUGGUUCAGUUUUACUUCUGAACUUUAACAGGCUUACGAUUUCAUUGUGAUACCAACACCAAAGUAUCACUUUCUGAUAGUAUUUAGGCAUAUUUUUGUGAUGUUUUCCAACAAUUCUAUGAAAAAAUAAAUUACAACUCGUGUAUUUGUGUAAA